AUGGCUGCCCACGCGUAUACCAUCCCGGAUUGGGCCCCUACCCAGACCACCACAUCUGACACUCCCAAUAGCGGACGGCAAGUCAUGCUGCCGACGAAUCCUGACGAUUUUCAUCCACUGCCGCGACACGACGAAGCCGACUCGGAAUCUGACCACGAGCCAGAAGUGUCUUCAUCACGACCCCCUCCUCCCACCGCCUCAAUUCCCACACGCCGUCCUUCUCGUCUUCGGAGCAUGAGCAACUCACUGGGCUGGCGGCAACGACCAAAGUCCGCCGUGUUUGGAACGACUACCGCAGACGAUUUCGCAGCACCUCUUGCCGACAUGGUCCUGGACAAUGCGCGACGUGCCAGCAACGGCGAGUGGCACGCUGGGAGCCACAGCAACAACGAAUCCGCUGCGAUAGACACCGAUGACGAUGGCAAUGGCAGUGGCAAUGGCAAAGGCAAGGGCAAAGUUAGGGGCAUGAUCCGUCGCGCCUCCGUCUCCCUGAAGCGCGUUGUCUCCCGCCGGUCUUCCAUUGCUACGAGCACAGGUGAAGAGCAUGAGCAUGCGGUUCGCCGCUUCCUGCGCUCAGCACACGGACACCUGAGAUCACCCUCCUUGGAUAUACAGAAUCGUGAAGAACAACAGCAACAUCACCAGGCGCAACCUAGGCAAAAGCGAGGUCCUCCGGUCUCUUUCCGAGCACCCCGUUACACGUCGGAACAGGAGUCGGUGCGCCCGUCUACAUCACAUUCUUCCUCCACAUGGCGUCGACUGCGUCAGGCCACAAGCUUCCGACGGUCUAGCGGAAACUUGUUUGAGAACAUGGAUAAUUCACGAAAUUCGGCCUUGUUCACAAGCCCCGUGCCGGGCAACGGCGGUGCUCCGCCGAUAAUUCCCAGGAAUACCGGAGGAGCAGCCCGGGCUGCGGCCGCGGACGCUGCCAUGAACGCCGACGUGCUCCGCUCAAUGACACCUGCAGAGUGGGCAGUCAACUUGGCCAAGGGCAGCAGUGGCCUGGGCACUAGUAAUCCCAACCAUCCUCAUUACAGCCUGACACACAGCAACGACGGUGAAAGUGGCAUUGGCAUCGCGGUCACGGCUACCGAGUCCGAAUCCGAACGCGACAAGACCGAUUCUCGACUCGACCUGGCCCAGCAUGCAAGCGGGACCUACACCAUGGACAGGCAACGACUGUCUGGUGGUGGUCUGACGCGUGCUGGCUCGGCCACCGGAAGCGUUCAGAUGGCCGAUGGAAUCCCUCGUGUGGACUUCAUCGCACAUUUGCCCCUGGAGCUGGCUCUGGAGGUGCUUUCAUACCUCGACUACACCGAUCUCGCAACCGCCGAACGUGUAUCCAGCCCAUGGAAACAUGUGACUGGUCACAGCUACAUCUGGCGCAAGUCUUUCCUGCGCAGCAUGACCAGCACGUUCGCCACAGGAGGCCAAGUCAAGCCUGGCGCUGGACUCGGCGUUCCUCAUGUCCGACCGGAGAACAACUGGAAGGAAAUCUACAGGGCGAGGGUGGAACUGAACAGGAGGUGGAAGACGGGCAAUGCCAGUCCCGUGUACCUGAAUGGGCAUACCGAUAGUAUCUACUGUCUGCAGUUUGACGAGUCGAAAAUCAUUACAGGCUCUCGAGACAAGACCAUCAGGGUUUGGGACAUGCACACGCUAUCUUGCCGAUAUGUCAUUGGUCCUCCUGACAUCGUCCGCGAACAGAACGUUCUGUGUGACGCCAACGGACAACCAACUCAUUUCGCCACCACGGAGGCCAGCCCGAGGGCGAACCCGUCCUUCCCGGCGACGCUGACCUUCCCGAACCACCACAACGCCUCGAUUCUGUGCCUGCAAUACGACGACCGAAUCCUGGUAACGGGCAGUUCCGACUCGACGUGCAUCGUGCACUCGAUCACGUCGGGCUACCGACCCAUCCGCCGUCUGCAGCACCACUCGGCGGCCGUGUUGGACCUGGUGUUUGACGACCGGUACAUUGUGACGUGCUCCAAGGACGUGUCCAUCUGCGUGUGGGACCGCGAGACCGGCGAGCUGCUCCGACAACUACGUGGGCACGCCGGACCCGUCAACGCGGUGCAGAUGCGCGGCAACACCAUCGUGAGCUGCUCGGGCGACUUCAAGGUCAAGCUGUGGAACAUCAGCACGGGCACGUGCAUCCGCGAGUUUGCCGGCCACACCAAGGGCCUGGCCUGCUCGCAGUUCAGCGAGGACGGCAGGUACGUCGCCUCGGCCGGCAACGACCGCACCAUCCGGGUCUGGGACGCCAACACGGGCGAGUGCGUGCGCGAGGUGGCGGCCCAUACGAACCUCGUCCGCAGCCUGCACAUCGACUCGGUCAGCGGGCGCCUGGUCAGCGGCAGCUACGAUACGGACAUCAUGGUCUUCGACAUGGAGACGGGCAGGCAGCUGCUGCACUUCCCCAGGUGGCACGCCAGCUGGGUCCUCAGCGCCAAGAGCGACUACAGGCGCAUCAUCUCGACGGGGCAGGACCCCAAGAUCUUGGUUAUGGACUUUGGCAAGGGCAUCCCGGGCAUCGAGGCGCUGGAGAGCUGCGAUCAGCGUGACAGCGGCCGUGUUGGUUACAUUUAG